AUGGCUCCCAAAGCUGCUAAGAAGGAGGCUGCCUCCACUGGUGCUGUCCAGAUUGGUAUCGAGUACAAGAAGGAUGUUGAUUUCCCCAGAUGGUAUCAACAGGUCGUCACUCGCUCUGAAAUGCUUGAGUACUACGAUGUCAGCGGUUGCUACAUCUUGAGACCUUAUGCCUACAGAGUUUGGCAGGAGAUUCAGCUCUGGUUCGAUAGAGAGAUUCAGGAGCUUGGCGUUGAGAACGCAUACUUCCCAAUGUUUGUCCCUGCCAAGAACUUGGAAAAGGAGAAGGAUCACGUCGAGGGCUUCGCCGCUGAGGUUGCUUGGGUCACUAAGGCUGGAAACAGCAAUCUUGAGGAACCCUUGGCUGUCCGUCCUACCUCUGAGACUGUCAUGUACCCCUACUAUGCCAAAUGGAUUCGCUCUCACAGAGAUCUCCCUCUUCGCUUAAAUCAGUGGUGCAACGUUGUUCGCUGGGAGUUCAAAAAUCCUCAACCUUUCCUCCGCACUCGUGAAUUCUUGUGGCAGGAGGGUCACACUGCUUUUGCUACCAAAGAGGAGGCUGACAGGGAGGUUUAUCAGAUUUUGGAUCUGUAUCGCCAAGUUUAUGAGGAUCUUCUUGCUGUUCCCGUCAUCAAGGGAAUCAAAUCCGAGAAUGAAAAGUUUGCUGGAGGAUUGUAUACUACCACCAUUGAGGGCUUUGUUCCCACUACUGGACGCGGUAUUCAGGCUGCCACCUCCCACUGCUUGGGUCAGAAUUUUGCAAAGAUGUUUGGUAUCUCUUUUGAGGAUCCCCAGGGACCUCUUCCCAACGGCGAGGCUAGACCCGCUCUUCAUGCCUGGCAGAACUCUUGGGGUUUGACCACCCGUAGCUUGGGCGUUAUGAUCAUGGUCCACGGAGACGAUAAGGGCUUGGUCUUGCCUCCCCGUGUUGCCUCAAUCCAGGUUGUUGUCAUCCCUUGCGGUAUCAACGCCAAGACUACAGACGAAGAUAAGGCUGCUAUUGAGGAGCGCAUCGGAGAUAUCCUUAAGCAGCUCAAGAAGGCUGGAAUCCGUGCCAAAGCUGAUGACCGUACCACCUACUCGGUCGGUUACAAGUUCAACCACUGGGAACUCCGUGGUGUCCCUGUUCGUCUCGAAGUUGGACCUAAGGAUGUCAAGAAUAACCAGGCUUUGGCUGCCCGCCGUGAUAAUGGUGAGAAGGUUACUAUUCAGCAUGCCGAGCUCGUCAAGGAGGUUCGUGAGUUGCUUGAUGAUGUCCAGAGCAACCUGUUCAAACGUGCAAAGGAGACCCGCGACGCCAACCUGGCCUAUGUAGAUGACUGGAAGGACUUUGUCCCUGCUUUGGACGACAAGAAGAUGUGUAUGAUUCCUUGGUGCGAGGAGCCAGCUUGUGAAGAUGAGAUCAAGGAGAAGAGUAAAAGCACUGGCGUUGCUACGACGGAGGUUCAGGACGAGAAGGCCCCUUCGAUGGGUGCUAAAUCGCUCUGCAUCCCUUUGGAGCAGCCCCAGGAUAGACCUAUUGUUGCUGGAGAGACCAAAUGUGUCUCUUGUGGAAAGGAUGCUAAGCGCUGGGCACUGUUUGGACGUAGCUACUAA